AUGGAUGAGUUUCCCGUUGUGCAUAUACCAGAAGAUGAUGUGCUCGAAGAGGAGGAGUUUGAACGUCUUUACUCCGCACCACUCGAAAUUAUCAUCCUCCUUUCCAUUUUCUAUGGUAGCAUAAGUAUUUUAGCUGUCAUUGGCAACUCGCUGGUUAUAUGGGUGGUGAUUACAACGAGACAAAUGCGUACCGUUACCAAUACAUAUAUAGCGAAUUUAGCCGUUGCCGACGUAAUCAUUGGACUUUUCUGUAUUCCAUUUCAGUUUCAGGCUGCUCUACUACAACGCUGGAAUUUACCUUGGUUUAUGUGCGGAUUUUGUCCCUUCGUUCAAACAUUGAGCGUAAAUGCGUCCGUGUUUACUUUGACCGCCAUUGCGAUCGAUCGACAUCGCGCAAUCAUCAAUCCUCUGAGAGCACGUCCCUCCAAACUAUUUUCGAAAUUCAUUAUACUUGGAAUUUGGGUGGUGGCGCUCUUUUUCGCCACCCCCUCUGGCAUUGCCUUUCGUGUUGAGUUGAUGUACGAGCGCUACAGGGAGGACAAUGUCAUCUACAAUGUUACCCGCCCCUUCUGUAUGAAUGUCAAUCUUUCGGAUGAACAGUUGAGAGUUUAUCGUUAUGUGCUGGUGGUUGUACAGUAUUUGGUGCCAUUCUGUGUUAUAGCAUUCGUGUACGUACAGAUGGCGCUUAAGCUGUGGCUUACAAGAACGCCGGGAAAUGCGGAGGAUACGCGUGACAUGGCAUUAAUGCGAAAUAAGAAGAAAGUCAUAAAAAUGUUGAUUGUCGUUGUGAUUGUAUUCGGCAUUUGCUGGCUGCCGCUACAGGUUUACAAUAUGCUAUAUGUAACCAUACCGGAAAUCAACGAAUAUCACUUCAUCAGCAUAAUUUGGUUCUGCUGUGAUUGGCUGGCGAUGAGCAACAGUUGCUACAAUCCCUUCAUCUAUGGCAUAUAUAAUGAAAAAUUCAAGCGAGAAUUCAAUAAGCGUUUUUCUGCCUGCUUUUGCAAAUUUCGCACCAACUUGACUGCACAUGAGCGUACGCUCUCCAUGCAUACACGUGCCACAUCGAUACGUUCGAACUUUGCCAAUUCGUCGAUGCGUAUACGCAACAAUUUAUAUGCAGAAGCUGCAGUUGGUGGCGGUGGCGGCAGUGGCGGCGGCGGCGGCGGCGGUUGUGGAAAUAUUUACUACACAUAUCGUUACGCAAACUUGCGCAAGGACAGAAGCAACGGCAACAAUGACACUUACAACAUGAUAACUUACACAAUUGAGAAUGGGGGAACAGUGCGUUUGAAUGAGUGCAAUAGUAAUAAUAAUGGCAUGGCGGCAGGCAGAAAUACGAGCAGCGGUUGCACGGAAGUACCACAAUGGCGGCGAAAUAACUUCAGACCGCUAUAUCCUGAUGUGAUUGAAUGCGAUGAUGACUUAGAUACGCUGAUGCAAUCUACACCAACAUCCGAAGAGCCAAAUUCCAGUUCACGUGGCAGUAAUGGAGCCGGCGGUGUAACGGGUGGUCCUGGUUUUGCGCUGACAACGAAAGGGAAAAGAUAGCUGGGCAUUGUAACUCGGUGACAGAGCUAUAUAAAUUCCAUAUCAUAUGGUAACCUGGAAAUUGAAACAAGCCAGUGAGCAGCACAUGCGCCGAUUGCGAAAGGCUGUGAAAAGCGAAUGGGCGUCGUCGCGGUCGACGGAAGCGCUGAAGAUACUACUGGAGGUUCAA